AUGUUUUUGCUGGGUUUGCUAGCAGCGUUAUUGGGCAAUUGCGCUAUUGGCUUGGGACAGACUCUGCAGAAGCACGCGAUCAACCGCAUUGCUGCUCUCUCCUACCUUCCAUCAGCUCGGAGACGGCGUCCGAUACCUUCCAAUGCCGACCCAGCCAUAUCUCUAGCCACACGGGCUCGAAAUCGAACAUGGCUGCUCGGUCUCCUGCUCGCGUAUCUUGGAGAAGCAUGUGGCAAUUGGGUAGCCUUGAGCUUUGUCUCUGCGGCGGUCGUCACUCCUUUGGGAAUCGUGUCGGUCAUCGUUAAUGCGGUGCUAGCGCACAAGUACCUGGGAGAGAAGAUCACUAGGCGCCAACGCAUUGGAUAUGGUGUGGUUGCCUGCGGCGUGCUGAUAAUCCUCCUGGCUGCACCAAAGGGUGGACAGCUGACAAAGGAUCCUACUCGUCCUCCAGUACCCUCCCAAAUAUUAGAUGAAUGCUGCCGGACACGCUCAUUUUUUCUUGGGCUGGCAACCCUGGUGUCCAGUGUUUUGAUGUUGAUCUAUGUUCUGCGAUCGACAAGAUAUUCAAAGAAAUGGCGGGACUUUCUAGGGAAGGAUUACAAUUUGUACCUUCAUGUGGCCAUAUGCUCCUUGUUUGGAGCGGUGACAGUUACCUGCGGAAAGGUUUUGUCCGUACUGGCAAGGGUACGAGCAAUGAGUGCCACAUCAAGUGGUGCCCACGUCGCUGUAGCGAAUGCUACAACGGGCGCUGCAGGCGAAGUAACAUCAUCAACUGGUGUAGCCACUCCAGUGUUGGCGAUGAUUCUCGUGAUCGGAAUGUCGGUGAUGGGCUUGGAACUCUUCCGGCAAAGGGCGCUCACCCAUUACCCAGUGUCAAGAUUUCAACCGAUGUUAUUUGCUACUUUCAAUGGAUGUGCCGUAAUGUCCAAUGUGCUGUUGUUCCACGAGAUCCCGACAAUUUCUGGAUUAAUCCAAUUUUUUGCGAUCUUUGGAGUUGGCAUGACCGUAAUUUUGAUGGGUCUUCGCACUGCACAGCAGAGUGACGGUAGCACCUCCCUGGCACCCGCUGGCAGCUUUAAUGCUCACGCAUCGCCAAAUAGACUGCGAUGGGCGUCCGAUUAG